AUGUCUCAGAAGAACGUUCAAUUGAGGGCCGCAAGCCCUUACGAGCGUCGCCUUGCCAUUCGCGAAGAACUCAACUUCUACAACGCUAUGGUGCUUGGAGCAGUGUAUGAGUUUUCUGAUCCUAAGUUCAACGUCAAAUCUAUUCGUUCUUUCGUGCGUCCCUUGAAGAGCAUCAUCGAAAAACAUGCAUUCAUGGGCGUAGUAUUGAACGGAAAGGAUACGGAGUCACCGGUUUGGGAGCGUGUACCUAGUGUCAAGCUGGAUAAUCACAUCACCAUCCUGGAUGAGGCUCAGAAUCCUGAUGAAUUGUUUUGGAUUGAGAAAGCCCUGCCUACUAUCGUUGAUACAAGAACGAGCGGGCCUUCGCCUCCAUGGCGGGUUUACGUAUUACCUCUUUUGCCAAAGAACGGCAGACCGUGCGCCUUCGUCGCUUUCGCCAUGUCCCACUCCAUCGGCGAUGGUGGGGCUGCAAUUGUCUUCCUUCAAGCCCUCCGCGAAGCCUUGCAACAGUCUAGCGGUGUUGACAACAAUUUCGAGGUUGUGGUGCCCGAACGCGAGCUACCAGAGCCUUUUGACACGCCCGAGAGACUUCCUAUCUCGCCUGAGUUCUUGAAGUCAAUCAUGAGCUCAAGUGUCGUUGGUGCCGGAACCUGGACCGGGUCAAAGGUAUUUAUGAGCGAGGGAGGAUUGCAAACUAAAAUCCGAAUGCUCGAGGUCCAACCACAGCAUGUGGAGGCUGCUCUACAGGCAGCUCGCGUCCACGGCACCAAGCUUACGCCUCUUAUUCACCAACUCAUCGUCCGCGCUUUGAGCAAGGUUGUAGUGGAUAAGAACGUGCAAGAUUUUGCGUCCACAACUGCCUUUGAUUUGCGUAGCGCAAGUGGUGUAGGACUGGAGUGGGGCCUCUAUAUCUCUGGACAUAGUGCUUCACAUCCGCGGGUCAGUCCCUCCAGCUCCAUAUCAUCAGAUGAGUGGCAAUCUGCAAGGACACUCUCAAAGAAAUUGGGGGAAGUAGCAUCAACGCUUGAUAACCAGGUGAUUGGUAUGUUGAGAUUCGUCCCUAACCAUAAGGAGUCAAUGACUUCUAAGAUUGGCUCUACGCGCGAUGCCAGCUACGCUCUUUCAAAUAUGCUUGCCUUUGAUGGCGGCAAGGCCGAAGACAGUGUUAGGACGACCAAGUUGAUCGUCACUAGUUCGGCUGCAGUUCCAAGUGCACCACUCAGUUUCUGUCUCAUAAGCGUCAAGGGCGGUAGCCUAGUGUGUACUCUAAAUUGGCAACCUGGAGCUUUGGGAGUUCCCCUGGAAAAGGAAGAUGCGUUCAUCAACGGCAUUUGUUCGUCUCUAAAAGCCGACUUCGCUAACUUAGAGCAAGCGGUCAAAGCACCACGCGCUCGUAUCUAG